CAGGACUAGCCCAAAUAUAUUUUGCGUCGAUAUACCAGAGGACCACAACAUAUCAUUAAUUCUUGUAAUUUGUGCGGUCUUGUGGAGAAGAACAUUGGUUUAUGUGGAUGUCACUUUGUUCCCCUGAUUGUAACUGCUGAAACAGUGGACGGCUGCUGGCUUCCAGAGCGCUCGCUGUCAGAACCGCGGGGCUGCGCGUUGACAGAUGACGGGGGCGCGCUUCAACAUCGGAAAAUGUGACACACCGUCCAUGCAGGAGGUGGACUCCAAUCAAGUUGUGGAAACAUCUCAAGGAUUAUCAAUGCAAACAGGAUGCACCUGAGCCCAAUUUCGAGUCUCAUAGCAAAGGGUCUGAAUACUUAAGAUGAUGUGAACUCUGACCUCUGGCGGUUGGUGUACUGAUGAUGACGAAGCUAACCGUACUAAACUUUUGACCCAUCCAACUGCCUCUGAACAGGUCCAAGCACCACCAUGCCUCAGCCAGGUAGCAGUGGGAUGGAGCCUGUCUUUGGUGAGGCCUAUGGGACCAACGGGUUAUCUGUGACCUUAGAGCCAUUCACCAUCUCUCCUACAGGGGGCAGUGCAGAGUCAGACAACUGUCCUAAGGGUGUGGUGGUGAUGUUGGGGGCCCCAGCCCUGUCCCUGUGUCGAGGCCAGCAGCCUGGAUGUGAGCUACUCAGUGAUCUCUUGGAGGAUGUGAUCACUGACGACACACACACCUCCGAGCGUCGCUGGGACAUCUCGGCCCUGGAUGACAUCACACACUACGCCAAAGGCAGCCCAGAGGGGCCACCACCGAGCUGCGAGUGCUCCUUCGUCUCACCUGAGGGAGGCAGAGAAAAACCAUGGUUAUCCCUAAGACCAGAUGACAGGCAGCCGAGGAACCCCACAGACCUCACACCCUGUGUAGGGUUGGGGGCUGGACACCUCCUCCUGGCUGGUAGAUAUCCGGAGUCCUGGAGCCAAGAGGCUGGAGGGCGGGAGAGUGAAGCUAGGGAAGGGCUGCAGCAGGUGGGGCAGGAAGAGAUGGUGCACAACUACUCUCUACAGAGUGAGCCAGACACUGAGUCUAGUCAAGGAACAGACAGCGAUAUUGAAGAGGAAGAGGAGGAGAAGGAGGAAGAUGGGAAAGAGGAAGAGGAGAAGGGGACAGAAGCCAUGGAGGAAGAGAAAGGGAAGGAAGAGGAGGAGCUUCAGUCCCAUAAGAGACAAAAGAAACGCCGGCGUUACUGGGAAUGUAGCCUCUUCAGUGAGGCAGACCUGGGGAGAGAUGGAGAGAAAGAGAGAUUGAGAGCCAAAUGGAGAGAUGGAGAGAAAGAUAGACGGAGAGCCGAAGAGAGAUAUGAAGAAAGAGAUGAAGAUAAAUAUGAAGGGGAUAUAAUCUGUGGCCCUAGCACCCUACCCACCACCAUGUGCCUGAAAGAGGGGACCUCCACCAAUGGUAAGCGAGGCCAGAGAAAAGCCCGUCGUACAGAUGCCAGUGACCUGACCCCCAGCCCUGGGAAGCUACAGAGCUUGGGAGAGCAGCUCCAUACACUCAGCUCUGCUCUGGAGGGCCUGACUCCUGUCAGUGACCUGCCUGUUACUGCCAGGACCCCAACACGAAAGGAGAGGAACAAACUGGCCUCCAGAGCGUGUCGGCUAAAGAAGAAAGCCCAGCAUGAGGCCAACAAAAUCAAACUGUGGGGUCUGAACCAGGAGUAUGAUGGCCUGUUGUGGGCAGUGCUGCAGAUAAAGGAGCUGAUCCGCCAGAGAGUGGAGAGCAGAGAGGGAGACACAGAGAGAGGAUGUCUGAGAGAGAGACUGGAGGACAUUCUGAAGGAAUCAACUGGGCCACGUGUAGCAGGACGAGGCAAAGCGUUUGUGGAGAGGAUCUUGAAGAACCCUGCCGGGGGACAGAACACCAGAGAGACUAAGGGAGAUGGAGGGUCAUCAGACCCUAGCCACUAACCUCUUCUCCCCACCAGAGUCACUAUCCCGCCCCUUCUUGCUUCACUUUGCACUUUCUAACAUGGAGAGAAGGUAGGAUAGGCAGGCAGGCAGACAGACAGAUAGAGAGCAUCUGCUGUGCCUCUAGCUGUUACAGUAUAGCUGAUGAGUGUCUCAGAACAUUAACGUCUGGCAUGUUUGUUUAAGAUUGUGUGUGUAAGGGAGGAAGUGUGCAUAAUUUCAGUGUAUCUAUUGCAUUAUGUACUAUAGUAUAUACCAUCGUGCCUAAAGGAGGACACUGUGUGCUGCUAGCUAGUCGUAGUUAUACACUAUAAUGGAAGAACAGGGAGAGGAGUGACAGUGAGUAUGGUGCUUAUAACAGUGGACAUGAUGACUAAGCUGUUUAUCUUGACGUCCAUUUUGAAUCGUACUGUAAACCAAAAGUGCAUAGAUAAACAAACAGACAGACAGGGGGAAGGACUUUGGCAUCACGUGAAUGUUGCACAGUGCUUCUCAAAGAUGCUGAAUGCUGCUUGCAUAGUCGUUUUAUAUGUCUCUGCAUUCCUUACAAAGUAAAUUAUGUUUCUCUACAGAUCCUCUUUAAAACUGAUGUCAUAAUGUACUGUACUUCUCUACAGAGGAACCUGUGUAGAGGAUAAAAAUAACCUUAAACCAGGGAAACUCCCAUCCUCAGGAGGGCCCUGUGUUUUCUGGUUUAUUUUCUUCCUGCAAAUCAGUGACUGGACUGCUACCUGGGAAACCUGGGCCCAUGUUCACAAAGAGUCUCGGAGUGCUGAUCUAGGAUCAGUAGAUCAUAAUUAAUAGGAUUACGUGGACAGGGGGGGACCUAAUCCUAGAUCAGCAUUCCUUCCCUGAGACACUUUUUUAACAUGGGCCCAGGCGUGUCUUCUCUCUGCAAUGAGUGAUUAAGUGCCACAGGGAGAAGAGAGAACAGCACUGCAUCCCUGAUUACCAUAGUUGUCCAUCCAUGUCCUAAACCCACAGUACUGUAACUGUUAGAGAGAUCCACAUCAAUGGUUUCAAAUCUGAUUCAUAUAUUUCAUAUCUGAUUAAUCUAUCUGAUUUUUCAUCUGAUUCAUCUAUAUAGGUCCACUGUGCUUUUUGUAGCCUGUGCCUUUGAAUGGUCUUUGAGAGCAAUAUAUUAAUAGCACACCA